AUGUCCCCAAGGUGCCACCCCGCCGUUUGCUGUCCCCGCAGGUUCCUGGUGGCCGUGCCGGCGGUGGCCUCGCGGGGCGUGUCCCUGCACAGCGGGCGCCCCCCGCCGUGGGCGCAGCGGCAGCGGCAGCGCCUGGAGCAGCACCUGAGGGAGGAGCUGCGGGCCCGGGGGGCUCACCUGGCCCAGGGGCUGCACACGCAGUUCCCCGACCCCCGGCUGGUGCAGUACGACUGCGGUAAGCUGCAGGCGCUGGACGUGCUGCUGCGGCGCCUGCGGGCGGGCGGGCACCGCGUGCUGAUCUUCACGCAGAUGACGCGCAUGCUCGACGUGCUGGAGCGGUUCCUCACCUUCCACGGGCACAUCUACCUGCGCCUGGACGGCUCCACCCGCGUCGAGCAGAGACAGGCGCUGAUGGAGCGCUUCAACGCCGACAAGCGAAUCUUCUGCUUCAUCCUGUCCACGCGCUCGGGCGGCGUCGGCGUCAACCUGGCGGGGGCGGACACGGUGGUGUUCUACGACUCGGACUGGAACCCCACCAUGGACGCGCAGGCCCAGGACAGGUGCCACCGCAUCGGCCAGACCCGCGACGUCCACAUCUACAGGCUGAUCAGCGAGCGCACGGUGGAGGAGAACAUCCUCAAGAAGGCCAACCAGAAGCGGCUCCUGGGCGACAUGGCCAUCGAGGGCGGCAACUUCACCACCGCCUACUUCAAACAGCAAACCAUCCGCGAGCUGUUCGACAUGGCGCCCGAGGAGCCACCGCGGGACAGGGACGGCGACGGGGACAGAGAGAGGGACAGAGGGGACAGAGGGGACAGAGGGGACAGAGGGGACAGGGACAGGGACAGGGACAGGGACAGGGACAGGGACAGGGACAGGGACAGGGACGGGCCUGAGGACGACGAGGACCCCGCGGCCACCAGGAGGACGCACAUCCUGGAACAGGCGCUGUGCGGGGCCGAGGACCCCGAGGACAUCCGCGCGGCCUCGCAGGCGCAGGCCGAGCACGUGGCGGCGCUGGCCGAGUUCAGCGAGCAGCUGAGCCCCGAGGACGGGCCCGAGGAGGAGCUGAGCAAGGCCGAGCAGGAGAUCGCCGCCCUGGUGGAGCAGCUGACCCCCAUCGAGCGCUACGCCAUGAACUUCCUGGAGGCCUCGCUGGAGGAUGUCAGCAGGGAGGAGCUGAAGCAGGCCGAGGAGCAGGUGGAGGCGGCGCGCAAGGACAUCGACCAGGCCAAGGGGGGCGGGGGGCGCUUCCGGCUGCCCCCUCCCCCCACGGCCGGCCCCCCCGCGCCGCGAGGACGAGCAGGAGGAGGAGGCGGAGCCUGCGGGGGGCGUGGCCACCACCACAGGGGGCGUGGCCGCCUCGCCGGGCCAGGCGGAGCUCCAGGCGGAGAGAGCGGGAGGGGCGGAGCAAAGAGGAGGGGGCGGGGCCGGCUCCCGGAAGCCGCGCAGGGCCAGGCCCCGCCCACCGCACCCCGAGAGGGCGGGGACGCGCGCCAGCCAGCGCCUGCGGGCCGUGAUGACGUCAUCGGCGACGUCCUCGGCGCCGUCGCCGCCCCCCGUGACGUCACAGCCCGGCCCCGCGACGCCGUCGCCGCCCCCCGCCGCGGUGACGUCGUCGCCGCCCGCCACGCCGCCCCCCGUGACGUCACCGCCCCCCCAAGCCACGCCCCCGGGGCGGGGCAGGAGGAGAAGAGCCCCGCCCCCCCGGUGGCCCCGCCCCCGCGGCGCCGGCGCAGCGCCGACGUGGAGAUCCGGCAGAGCCGCGGCGCCGGCCCGGCCGCCAAGGUCCUGCGCACCCUGCCCGGCCGAUUGGUCACCGUCCUCGAGGCCCCGCCCCCUUCCGCCAGGGCGGGCGGAGCCUCCCGGGGCGCCCGGCGCCGCCCCCGCGACCGCCCCCCGCAGCCGCCGGCCACGCCCACCCCGCCCUCAGGGCCGUCGGCCCCGCCCCCCAAGCGCCGCCGGGGCCGCCCCCCUAAGCGGAGGCUGCUGGGAGGGGGCGGGGCCAGGCAGCGCCGGCGACGCCCACCCGGGGCCGCGCCCCAGCAGGGGGCAGGGCAGCGGAGGCGGCGGAAGGGGCGGGGCCGCCCCAUGCAGGAGCCAGGGGGCGGGGCCGACGAGGAGGAGUCCCCGCCCAGGAAGCGGAGGAGGGGGCGGCCGCCCAAGAUGGCGUCGCCCGAGAGGGGCGGGAACGGGGGAGGGGAGGGGUCGAGGCCGCCCAGUCCCCGCCCACCCUCGCCGGCCCCGCCCAGAACCACCCGGGCGCGCCCCGGGGCGCCCCUGGCCCCGCCCCUUCAGAGGGAGCCGCGACGGAGGCCACGCCCACCCGAGGACAGCGGAGACGAGGGCGUGGCCAAUGGGGGCGGGGCCAGGUGCAGGGAGCCCCUCCCCCAACCCCCGGCCAAGCGGAGGAGAAGGGGCGGGGCUAACGCCGGCCCCGCCCCCGCCAGGAGGAGGCGGCGUGGGCGGGGCUCCCCCGCGGCCCCGCCCCGCCGGCUGCAGCCCCCCCGGCGCUGCGCGGGCCCCGCCCAGGCUGGGGGAGGGGCCACCCCCCAGGACCCGCCCCCGGGGGUUGGGGCGGUGCUGAGGGGGAGGAAGGCCAAGACGUGA